CAUGGGUUAAAAAUCCUCCAAACCUACACAUGCAUACAAUAAUUAUUGUUGUCAUUACUCUGGUGUGUUUGGUCAUUUAAAAAUGGCGGAUGCAUGGUCUUCCGACACUACCUCAGGUUCAGAAUAUUGUAAUGAAUAUUUUUCUGACAUUUCAUCUGAAAAAUCAUUGGAAUACGUUAUAGUUGGUCAAAAACCAAGUUUAACUCAUCGUAGAAGUAAAAAGAACUUCCUUCAAAAAUUAUUUACUAGAGAGAUAAGGGGCUCUUUUGCAAUUCACAAUAAUGCUCCAGAGGAAAAAUUGUUUUCCUACAUUCCUUCAUGGAGACGUUUACCUUUAGUAUAUGUGAUUCCAAAAUCUGCUCUUGAAGCAGGACAUGUUGUUAUGGGAUUGACACAAUGUGGUCAAUUUUUAUUAACGUAUACCUACAAUGUAGAACUUAGCGGUACAAACACAAUUUAUAAAUAUCUAUUGCAUUGGUGGGCAUUUAUGCCUAAUCGAGUUGCACGUAAAGUUGCUGAAGUUACACUUUUUGGCAAUUUUACUAUUUAUAGAGAACUUAGUAUAGUUAUAGCUCAAUGGCCUAUGGAAAGAAACAAGCUAGUGGUACAUGGACUUUGUUCUCAUUGGCUUAAUCUUCAGAGAGUGGACAGAGCAUACUUAACAAUAACCACAGUUCCGUCCUUGGAUAAUUGCAAAGAAUGUUUAAAAGUCGCAGCAUCUUAUGAAGAGGAAGGCGAAGAUUUGGCUGCAAAUUGGGACAGUUGUGUUCGUUGCAAUUGUCUUCAACAUGGCUUAACAGUACACACCACCUAUGAAAUUCUCUCUCCAUUUCCAAGAUUUCGAGCUGUAGUUUGUUUAAAUUAUUCAAAUCAUGUGGUAGUAAACACAGGGAAUUUCCUUCAUAUUCUUCGUGUUGACAUGGACAGUUCUAAAGUAAAACAAAAAAAUAUCGACAAACAAGAAUCAAGAAUUUCAGAUAUAGUACAAUUGGAUGUGAGUGACGUUGAAGAGUCCGAUGAUUUAAGAGCCGAACGCUAUGAUAGUUCUUAUGAAAAAGGAAACACACCUGAAAGUACAGUGGACCAAUCUCCAAAAUGUGAAUCAAUUGUUGAAUAUGAUUUUUGCGUUGACGUUAAUAAAUUGGAUGAUUCACGUGACUUAUCGACGAAUACCUCAAACGAUUUAAUUUGUGAUACUAAAUAUAUUAAUAAUAUAAGUGUUAGAUUAAGUGAAUGCAUUGAUAAUGCAAAUGAAUGUGAAUGCGAUAAAGAUUCAAUAUCAAGAAUUGAACAAGCAUCCUCCGUUCGGGAUAAAAUAUUACAAGAUUUUUGCGAGGAUAUGUCACAGGAAUUAAAUAUUGGAAGUGAUUUAAUAACACUUGUUAAACAUCCAUCAUGUUCACCUCGUUCAACACCACAAAGAUUACCAUCAAAUUUCAAACAAUCAUGGAUAUCACAAAUAUUUAAUCCACCUUCUGAUAUUUUACGAACACGAAAUUCAGAGUCUAGUCAUAAAAAUUUACGCUGUCAAAGGCCAAAAUCACCACAACCUGGUGUCUCUCAUGAUGCAUCAAUUGUUUGUAUUACAUCGAUAAAUUCGCCUCUUCAUACUUUAUCAAUAAAUCCCUCGCCUUCAUGUUCGCCGAGAUUAAUGUCUCCUCCAGUUACUAAGUCUUUCCGUCAUUUGAGCCCGAGGAAAAAAACAAAUUUACAACCAUCUUCAACACCACCAAGAACAAGAGCGUCACAUAAAUUAAUUUUAGAAGCUGAAAAAGCAUAUGAAUUCACGGAUGAAGCUCAGGAAACGUGUGAAAAACUUAGUUCUUUUAGGAAACGUAGAUUGGCGGACAAAAAAUAUGAAUUUUGUGAUGAAGCUGAAGAUGCGGAGAAUAUUGUUCCUUUUAAGCAUAUCAGAGGACAAACAAAAAAUACUGAUUGUUCAAUUGGAUCACCGCACAGUGAAACAGAUGAAUUGAAUACAACUCAAGAUAUUACUAUUUUCACAGAUGUUCAAAUGAUGGACUCAGUUGAAAAGAACGUAUUAAGGCCACUUAAUCAAAAUCAAUUAUCGAAUGGAACUCGCGACAGAUCGAAUAAAAAUUUGUCAUCCUCGUCAAUGGUACCUAAAGGUGUUAUUAAUCCUGUUAUAAAAUGUACAACACGUUUUAAAAGAAGUUACAUUGAACUCGAUGAUGAAAUGAUAUCUGUAAUUACAGAUGUUGAAGAUGAUGAAACUGGAGGAUAUGUUAGCUAUCAAUGUGUUUUGCCCAUGAAUGUUCACGGAUCAGGUUAUGCUCAAAUGCAAAUGAUUAGCAACAGCAAAGCUGAGAAAAAUCUAAUACCAUGUGUCUCAAUAAAUCAAUUAAGUUUCGAUAUUGAAACAUUUUCACAUCAUAUUGCGGAUUGGAUUUGUAAAAUAUUUAAAAAAAAAUAUUGGUACUGCAGCGAUUAUGAUAUAGAAAUAAUCAAUGUUUGUGCAUUGACCGGAGAUAUUCUUUCUUUAUUAAUAAUGAAGAUUCAAGCCAGUGAAAAUAGUAAUCAAGGACAGAGUUCACAAGAAAGAAAACAGUAUGAAGCUUGUUGUAAAUUUACGUGGAAUAUAGACACAGGUUUAUAUAAAGUAACACAUGUGUUACCAAUGGUUGAAGUAAUGCCAGAUUGGGUAAAACCAAAUUCGGUAAAAUCGCCAACUGGUCGAAAUCCCAUUUGGAAUCCUACUCGACGAUUUGCUCCAAAAUUACGAGAAAAUAAUCAACAACCAUAUGCUCGUACAGUACGAUUUUUACACAACGAAAUGACAUUAGCAGGUGAAUCAAUAAGUAGAUUACAAGAUUUGGAUAAUCUUGUUGAAUUUUACAUAACACCAAUACCAGUUUUCACCAGUAGUAUUCUUUAGAUAAAAGAUACUCAUUAAAGAAGCCUAAUUUAUUGUAAACGAAAGCUAAUCCCUUUUUUUUUAACAAUGCUUAAAAAUUAAGCAAAUGAUCAACGAUGUAAGAUGAAUUAUAAAUGUUAGGUGAGGAGUAAGAAAAAAAAAAAAAAAACAUAGAAUUUAUUCUUAGGCACAAGGAACGUAAGUGUAAAGAAAGUUCUUAAUGUCUUUAAUUAGAUACAUAAGUAUUAGUUAUGAAAAUUGUAAAUAUUCGCGUUGUAUACUUUUUAACAUUUAAUUUUUACAAAAAUAGAAAAACUUAAGUUGUUCUAUCAACAAAUACAAACUCUGCAGAUUGAUUUCUGCAAAAAAAAAAGAAGAAUGAAUUCAUUCAGAUCAAAAUUUUAUUUAUCUAAAGACAUUCAGAAAAAAAGGA